UGUCGCUCGUAGAGGACGCCGAAGUUUGUUUAUGUUUACAUCGAUUUUGACAGUCGGCCUACUUCACUUGGUAGUCGUAGCGCGCAAUUCAUGUAAUACGCGUGUUCCCGGCGAGUCUCCUGUACAGAUGGUUGUAAUUAAUCUUCUCAGUGAAAACCGCGCAGAAACAUGUAUGUGUAUAAGUCACGAAUAUAAUGUACGAGUCGUGACCGCAGGGCGAAGUGAAGCACUGCGUGACGCGCGUGCCAUGCUCUGUAAAUAGGUCGCUCGCGUGCCGCGAAAUGGCAUUCUCGUUUCGCGCCGGCACCAAUUGGUGCCACGAUUUCCCGAAAUUGGCCCGCGAGUCGGGAUUUUACUUUAACAUGCACGGAUCCAGGGUGCGAGUUGACUGGAAUCGCAUAAGUGUUCUGGAUAUAGACAGAGUCGUACGCGAGAGAGAUUUCUCGACCAUCGAUGAGAAUAUCAACAACGUCAUCGACUACUGCUUGGAGGGCGAGUACGACGUCAAGAUCCUGGAUCCUAGCUUCGUCAAGUUGUUCAGACUCGCGCAAUUGUCGGUCGAAUACCUGUUGUAUUGCAAACAGUACUUAGAUCACAGUGUAGUAAUAUUGAAGGAUGAAUUGAGACAGAAGAUCGAGCAAAACGUUAGCAUGAAGAAAGAGAUCACUACUCUGGAGGACACUAUAAAGAAUCUGAAGGAAAGGUCAAAAGAGAAACGUAAACUGAUUGAAACGAGCAUCGGUGAGAUUCCCAGCGGAGAAAUUUAUAAGUGUCCACACUGUCCAAAGACAUUUGUGCGUGCCAUAUUUGUAAACGCACAUAUAGCGCGUAAGCAUCCAUACGUAUCAGACAUGAGUGUAUCUACUUCUCCGGUGCACGAGCACUAUCGAGUAGAGACGGAAAAAUUGCACAACGAGAUAAAGACGCUAAAGGAGAGGCUCAAUCAGACUGAAAGAGUGAUAAGGAACGAGUCUGUCAAGCUGCUAGACAACGAGGAAAAUAAAUACGUCAGCAGAAAUGAAAACGACAUAAGCAAACUCGAAAGAUUACAAGAGCAAAGGAGAUAUCAGGAGGAUAUCGGAAGUUUAAAGAACAUGUUGUUUAACGAGAUACACGCGUUACGGGAAAAAAAUCACACGAUGAAUGACAGUAUUUUGGAAGCAAACAUAAAGACCCUGAUCAGUCAGCAGGAGAAGGAAAUUGAGAAUUUGAGAAGCCAGCUUCUCGAAAGGUUAACCCCAGGCAUAGAGAAUAUGCAGGUGAAGCUACAGACGCAGGAGAACUACUGGAAAGCCAAAAUAGGAGACAUGGAGACGCAACAUCGUCAGGACAUUGAGAGACUGACUACGGAACUGAGAGGGACCCAGCAAGUGGCCGAUCGUAUAAAAUCCGAGUACGCGUCCAAAGUGGAGGACUUGGAGAGGCUGUCGAUGGACCAGUCGAGCAUGCUGGUGGAACAGAGGAAGCAGUUGAACAGCUUGUCGCGCGAGAUCAAUAAUUCCCAGACGCAGAUCAGUCUGCGGAAUCACAGGGAGAAGGACACGGUGGAACGAGUUGGAUUCCACGAGUCACCGUUAGUGAAACUGAAACGCAGCAGCGUGAGCAGUUACAACGACGGCGAGGGACGUUACAGGAGCUCGUACAGCGCUGGAAACGGCGAGAUGGUCAUCGAGGACGUCGGCAGCGGGUCUAGCCAAGAGUACAGCGAUAAACUGACGUCAAUCGUGGCAGAAAGCAAUUACGCGUCUGGCAAAAAGGACGACGUAAAUAGCAAGCGCGAUAGCAAGAAGUUCAUCACCGAUCUAGUGCAAAUUAAUCCGAGAAACUCGGGAAAGCCAGACGCUAGAAAAACGAAGGAUCGAGCGAAGCACAACGACACGUUCCGCGACGUGAACGAAACGAACGAUCGUGCAAGUAAGAUCUGCACUACCAAAGAAAAUAUUGACAGUAUGAGUAAAAAGCGCGUGGAUAUCAGUGGAAACGUUGAAAGAAGAGGAACGUUGCACUCGGACGAUAUGAAGAGCAAUCGAAAACUCGGCUUCCUGGAGAGGCGCAGCGUGAGUUCCGCGACGGAGUCCGAGUUGUCGUCCUCGUCGAUGACGCAGUCCGAAUCCGACGACAGCGAGAGCGUUACGGUGACCGAUGACGUCACGGUAAAAAAGUACGAAACGCCCGUGAUCAAGUGUUCCAACAUCAGAAGAUCGUCGAUACAGGAAGACGCGAGGAAUGCGUUCAACAACCGGUUGAGGGAUCUAGGAAUCGAUCCGGAAUGGCAAGGUAUACCCGCGGCGACGUUCAAGCAGAAGAUGGAGAUUGUGAGGCAUCAGCAGAAUAUCAACGCGAAGAAAUUAAAUCGGUACAAUCAAAUAAAGCAGAAGAUUCUUGAAGAUGUUCUUCAGAGAAUAUCGACGAAAGACUCGGGAUUGGUCGCGAAGAAGUCUCCGUUGGAUAAGCUGGUCACUCGCGUCAAAUCGAAGGCCCUGAAGGCGUUUGGCAGCCAUAAAGAUAAUGAUGAACAUAUGCCUGCACAGAAGACCGAAAAUAUGACGCCGUCGAAAUUGCGUCUCAAACAAAAGAUUGAACUUCUUCCGAAAAAAUAUAAAGACAGCGACACGUUUGAGAGUACUCGCGAAUCACCGUUGAAACGAAAUGGAAUGGAUAUUCAUAGUCCGAAGGUGGUUCCGCAUCCAAGAUCGAUCUCCGAUCGAUAUAGAAAUCGGGAUACUUCCUCUGUGAGCUCCAUCGAGUCUCGAGAAGACGUAAAACAGAUUACGAAGGUGACCGUAUCGGAUGCCAGUGCGCGUAAAGCGGGUUCCCCGAUCAGCAGGAAGCAGGUGGUGGCAACAAAGUUCUCCGAACAUAACGAGUCGGAUGACGCAGUCGUGCAGCAGGAAGAUUCGAUAGUAUCUUUGAAGAACAAUAAAAGUGUCCUGAAGUCAGUGAGCGGAUCAGUCGGCAGUUUAGUGAAGAAAAAGGUCUUGUUCGAUUUGGAAGAUGGAGAAGAAGAUGAUGCGACAGCGCUGGGAAGCGAUCACAAAAAAAUUCAAAGAAAUAAUAGCGACUGGAAUAUCUCCAGCUCUCCCGAGAGAAGGGAAUAUGCAUUGCAGAAAGAGAAGUCCAUGAGUACGGGCAAUAUAAUCUUAAAGACUUCGCAGAGCGAUAAGAUCGCAGAAAUAUCGAAGAAGAUACAAGAACAGUUGAGCAUAGCAAGGAAACCACCCAUAGGAUCCGUCGAAACGAUCUUCCGAUCACACACAAACUUGCACGAUUUAACGAAUUACAACACAGGAAGUCAUUUAUUUAGCUCGACCAGCGUCACGAGUCCAGUCUCGGAAAAUCCUGCCCGGAAUUUUACGAGUCCAACAGCGAAGAUUAACGUGUUCCCGCAACCUGCUCCGCGAACUCUAAAAGAUAAGGAUCUGCGUAAGACUCACUCCGCAAGCGAGUUGCGAUAUUCCGAUUUAGACUCGGAUAUCGACGAGAUACUGCAGAUGGAAUAAGAUGUAUUAUAUCAGGUAACGAUUCGUUUAAAUUACCAGAACUCUGAAUCGAAGCGAUUUCUCUCGGAGAAGUCGCUCCCGCGAUUGUGGAUUUUGCUUGUAACAUAUCUAAUUUAUUAUUUAGUUUAUAUAUAUAUAUAUAUAUAUAUAUAUAUAUAUGAUCCAUGUAAAUAUAGCUUAAGGAAAAACGUAUCCAAUACGACAUCGAAUCGACAUAUUUAUAAUAUUAAUAAUAUAUAAUAUUUAUAAUGCGAAGAAGUGCAAGGUUUGUGCAAUUUUUUUUAUAAAGAUCUGACAUCAAGUAUCUUGCAAAUUAACUCUUUCACGCAUAAAUUAUAAUAUAGCAAUUGUUAUAAUGAUAUAGCAAUAUAUAAUAUAUAGCAAUAAAUUAUAUAUACAGCAA